UGAAAAUUGUUUUCGUUGUCGUUUCGUUCGUCACCCUGUCUUCGACUCCGACUCCGACACCCUGAGCCCCGUCCGUGGUUUGGUUCUGGUGCUGGUUAUUGAUUCACUGUGGCACAGCACCCGCCGCCCGCCGCCCGCCUACCGCCACCACCGUUACCGCCUGAUCGAUGUGCCAUAUGUCUGCCUAACGGACGCUGCCACUUUGCCACUUGGCCGCAUGCCACAGGUUGAUGUUGAGGUUGGCGCUUGAGUUUGAGUGCAACGAGCUUUGCGUUUGAGAGUUUGAGUAAUUGUGACGUCACAACGUGAUAGACACUGAUAGCGACUGACGAAUGCCAAUCGAACGGGCUGUUUGAAUAAAUGAAUACCCUCAAUUGGCUUUUAACUGCAAACAGAGCAGACAACGCAGCUGCCCAAGUUGGCAGCAGCAGCAGCAGCCGGAGAGCCUUUCCCAAAUUGAUACACUCAACUAACCAAAUGCGUCUGAUUGUGGCCAUUACGAGAAUGGGCGCCCAACGGACGCACACAUCAGGCACAGCCUGUGCCGUCGCCAUCACGUGGUGGCUGGCCUAUGUCCUGGGAUUUCUAAUAUUGCUGCCAGCGUGCUCAGCUGGACCGCAUGAGAAGCGUUUGCUGCACGCUCUGUUGGACAACUACAACAGCUUGGAGCGGCCCGUGGUCAAUGAAUCCGAUCCAUUGCAAUUGAGUUUCGGUCUAACACUAAUGCAAAUCAUCGAUGUGGAUGAAAAGAAUCAGUUGCUCAUCACGAACAUUUGGCUUAAAUUGGAAUGGAACGAUAUGAACCUGCGUUGGAAUUCCAGCGAAUUUGGGGGUGUGCGCGACUUACGUAUACCGCCCCAUCGUUUGUGGAAACCGGACGUGCUUAUGUACAAUAGCGCGGACGAGGGCUUUGACGGCACCUAUGCCACCAAUGUGGUUGUGCGGAACAAUGGCAGCUGCCUGUACGUGCCGCCCGGCAUCUUCAAGUCGACGUGCAAAAUCGACAUUACCUGGUUCCCCUUCGACGAUCAGCGCUGUGAGAUGAAGUUCGGCUCCUGGACCUACGACGGUUUUCAGCUGGACCUACAAUUACAGGAUGAAGCUGGCGGCGACAUCUCCAGUUUCAUAACAAAUGGCGAAUGGGACUUGUUAGGUGUGCCCGGUAAACGUAAUGAAAUCUACUAUAAUUGCUGCCCAGAACCUUAUAUUGACAUAACAUUCGCCAUUUUGAUACGACGGAAAACUUUAUACUAUUUUUUCAAUUUGAUUGUGCCAUGCGUAUUGAUCGCAUCGAUGGCACUGCUAGGGUUUACCCUGCCACCAGAUUCUGGUGAGAAGCUCUCGCUUGGAGUUACUAUUUUACUAUCGCUCACAGUCUUCCUGAACAUGGUAGCGGAAACGAUGCCAGCGACAUCCGAUGCCGUGCCGCUGCUUGGAACUUAUUUCAAUUGCAUUAUGUUUAUGGUGGCCUCUUCAGUUGUGUCAACCAUACUUAUCCUCAAUUAUCAUCAUAGAAAUCCAGAUACGCAUGAAAUGAGUGAAUGGAUAAGAGUAAUAUUCCUUUAUUGGUUACCUUGCAUAUUGCGCAUGCAAAGACCCGGACAGGUUGGCUACGAAUGCCCGCCGCCGCCCUCGUCGUCUGGCUCCUCGAAUGCUGGUGACAAAAAGCAACAGAUACAAAACGUUGAGCUUAAGGAAAGAUCCUCGAAAUCGCUGCUCGCCAACGUUCUCGACAUAGACGACGACUUUCGUUGCAAUCAUCGUUGCGCCAGUGCCACGUUGCCCCAUCAGCCCACGUACUACAGGACAAUGUUCAGGCAAGGCGACGAUGGCAGCGUGGGUCCGGUGGGUCCGGUGGGUCCGGUGGGUCCCGUGGGACCUGUCGCCGCCGUGGCCGAUUCACGUAUGCACGAGGCCAUUUCACACACUUGUCUCAGCUCCUCGGCCGAGUAUGAGCUGGCGCUGAUACUCAAGGAGCUGCGCUGGAUAACCGAUCAGCUGAAAAAGGAGGACGAGACAGGCGACAUAACGCGGGAUUGGAAAUUUGCGGCCAUGGUCGUGGAUCGCUUGUGCCUUAUUAUUUUCACGCUUUUCACAAUUAUAGCCACUCUGGCGGUAUUGUUUUCGGCACCACACUUCAUUUUCCCAUAAAUGAAUGCUUCAUACAACUCUGACGGUCUACGUAAUUCUUCAGUUUGAUACAAGUCGUACAAAUAUUGUUUCUACUUUUGUAAAAUAUUUAAGCAA